AUGGAAAACCAGCCAACAAAAGAGUUUGAAGAUAUAUUAUCACAAUCAAAACAAACCGAGGCAGUCCAAGAGGAUAUAAUAUUGGAUGAACCUAAAGGAGCUCUAAAGAAGUUUUGCAUUAAAAAAACGGAGUAUAAAGGUAGAGGCAUUUAUGCUCUCGAGACUAUUCAACGAGGAACUAGUAUUUGGCAAGCGUUACCGUUCUCAGCGGUGGUGGACGAUCAAAAUAUCUCCAACACAUGUAGCUCAUGCUUUGUGAACGACAAAAGAAUGUUCAAAUGCUCUAAAUGCAGUUUGAUUCAUUAUUGCUCCAAGCAAUGUCAGAUUGAUGACUGGCAAAACCAUCAAGAGGAAUGUAAAGCAAUUGUAAAGGUUCAAAGAAAUCCUCCAACGUUCAUUCGCUUAGCAUCAAGGAUCCUGAGGAAAAGAAAAGUAGAUGUGACUUUGUCUCAGAUGGAAACCUUUGCCCAACUGGCUAUGGUUGUCAAAGAAUGUGUUGGAAGAGAUGAAUUACUUCCUGCUGUAGAUAUGCUGACUCUUUUUUGCAGAUUGACGUCGAAUGGCUUUAGUGUACUGGAUGCAGAGAUGCAAUCUAUUGGAGUUGGGAUAUAUCCCAAUGUAUCCCUGUUGAAUCAUUCUUGCUGGCCAAACUGUAUAGUGGUUUUUGAAGGAUUGAAAAUGAAUGUUCGAUCAAUCAGGAAAAUAGAAAUAGGUGAAGAAGUCACAAUUUCAUAUACAGACUUAUUCUUGACUGGUGAGGAGCGUCGAAAAGAAUUGCACGAGAGAUAUUUUUUUACGUGUCGAUGUGAACUGUGUGAGAAGUAUAAAUCCGUCUCUGAAGUGGAUCCAAGAAGCGCUCUACGGUGUACUAACACUAGUUGCGCUAAUCCUGUUGAUCAGCCUAGUACUUUUGACAAGGACGAAGAGUAUGUCGUCUCUUGUAAUUGUGGGAAGGUAUCAACGUUUGAUAUGGCGGCAUUGGAUGAUAGCUUGGAGAAAGCGCGGUCAUUAUUUAAAAAAGGAUCCGAGUUGUCUGCAUCAGAACCUGAAAAUGCUUUGACCUAUCUUCAUCAGGCGUUUCUUAUCCAACAAUCAUUAUUGUAUUUUGCGAAUCACGAGUUAGUAAUGACCCACAGAGCCCUAUUUGACUGCGACAGUAAACUUCAUAAAUGGGAUGAAGCAUUACAACAUGCAGAAUGUCUGGAGAGAGUAUAUAAUGCUGUAUUUCCUGAAUAUCACCCUGAUACUGCAUUACAAAUUUACAGGGUUGCUAAAAUACUCUUGUAUACGAACCAAUUGGAGAAAGCAGUGACUAAACUUAGAAAGGCACUGAAGAUUUCAGAAGUGACGUGUGGUCAUCGGCAUAAACUCACUAGAGUGAUAGAGACAAGUCUCAAAAAUAGUGAAGCGGAAAUCGCUAUUGCUGUAUUGGACAAAGUCCUGGAUCGUGAUUAA